AUGGACAUGUUUAACUUGCAAUGUGAUGAUGUUUCGAAGCUGCAAUUUGGAAGUCUGGAAAUAGCUUACACAUGGUACUGUUGGUUUGCAAAGAUGAACGGUUUUGCAGUCCGUAAAGGUCAAGUUAUUAAAAAAAAGAGUGGAGAUGUUACUCAACAAACAUUUCUUUGUAACCUUGCAGGAUUUAGGCAAAACAAAGUAGAUAAUCGCAAACGUGGUCCGAGGCACGAAAUCCGGUGUGGAUGUGAAGCAAAAUUUCGGGUUCAUAUUGAUAUAAUUUCACACCGUUGGUAUGUCACAGUUUUUACCUUUGAGCACAAUCAUGCAAUGUUAAAGGAGAAGCACUGCAGGCUGUUGGCAGGUAAUAGGAAGCUUAGUAAGUCAGAUAAGAUGCAAAUUAAGAAUUUUGGGAAUGCCGGAAUCAAAGUAACUCAAAUGAUUGGUUCAUUCGCUAAUGUUGCCGGGGGGUAUGAUAAGGUAGGAUUUUUGAAGAAGGAUGUACAUAAUCAAAUUGCAAGACAAAGGAAAGAGAUGUCUUCUGAUGCUAAAGGUGCUGUCAGGUAUCUUAUUGAUCUUCGUGUAAUAGAUCCAUUGAUGCUUGUUGCACACACGGUGGGUGCGGAUGGAACGUUGCAAAACCUAUUUUGGAGCGACGGUGAGAGUCAAAAGAAUUAUGAACUGUUUGGUGAUGUGCUUGCUUUUGAUGCUACAUACAAGAAAAAUAAAUACAGGUGCCCAUUUGUUGUUUUUUCUGGCGUUAAUCACCAUAACCAGACGAUUAUAUUUGCUACUGCCAUAGUUUCAAAUGAGGUUGAAAGGACAUAUGUAUGGUUGCUGGAGCAGUUUUUGGUUGCAAUGAAAGGUAAGACACCUUUAUCUGUAAUAACGGACGGUGAUGUUGCUAUGAGAAAUGCAAUCAUGAAAGUCUUUCCCAACAGUUACCACAGGUUAUGUGCAUGGCAUCUCCUACGAAAUGCAAUUUCCAACAUUAGCAAUCCCAAUUUCAUCCCUGUUUUCAAAAAAUUAAUGCUUGGUGAUCACGAUGUUUGGAAAUUUGAGAGUCUGUGGAAUGAAAUGUUAGAUAGGUUUGGGUUAGAAGAUAAUAAUUGGAUCAAUGAAUUGUACCAGAAAAGGAAGAUGUGGGCAACAGCUCAUAUUAGGGGAAAUUUCUUUGCAGGAAUAAGAACGACAUCGCGGUGCGAAGCAUUUCAUAGUCAUAUGGGAUAG